AUGUCUGCUGGCUCAACCACAAACCCUCACCACAACGCAGUCCCCUCCCAUGAUGCGUCCACAGUCAUUGCCCUCCACUCACACAAUUGUGUGAAGCUUACAAACAUCAACUACCCUGCAUGGCGUGUCCAAAUUAACGCCUUACUUGUUGGCUAUGAUCUCAUCGGCUUUGUUAAUGGCACCAAGCCAUGUCCGGCUACGACUGCUGAUACGUACACUGCCUGGUGCCGUCAAGAUCAACUAAUCCUUCACGCAAUAAUAUCUUCUGUGGAUCCGCAAGUCAUCACUAUCCUGAGUAAUGUCAAAACCUCGAAACAGGCCUGGGGUACACUUCAGAAAUUAUUUGCUGGUAAAUCACGAGCCAGAAUCAUGCACCUCAAGGAGCGUCUCUCUCGGUUCUCCAAAGGGUCCAAAACCAUGAUGCAGUAUCUCCAUGAUAUAAAAUCCAUGGAAGAUGAGCUCGCACUGAUUAAUGCUCCCCUUGAUGACGUUGAUUUGGUCAUCCAUGUAUUGAAUGGACUGGGUUCUGAUUAUAGGGAAAUUGCAGCGGCUGUAAGAGCUCGCGAACACCCCCUUGGCUUCGAGGAGCUCCAUGAUCUCCUCAGUGACUUUGAUUCCUACCUUCAACGUGACGUUCCGUCAUCUGAACCGUCGUUGGUAAUCACAGCACAUACAACGCAGAAGCAGCGUUCGUUUCCAAGAAAGCAGCGUGGUCAUCCCACGUCAAAUGAUGGCAACUACGGCAACUCCAAACGUCCCGUAUGCCAGUACUGUGAGAAACCGGGUCAUACGGCUAAAACCUGCUUCAAAAUUAACCCACCAAGACGUGGUGGUCAAGGCUCUGCCCGUCAGGCUCAUACGGCAUCUCGCUUCGUUUCCUCGGAUUGGAUUGUAGACUCUGGUGCUACACAUCAUAUAACAAAUGAUCUUGGUAGUUUACAAACUACUACCCCAUAUUAUGGUGACGAACAAGUUGUUGUGGCUGACGGCUCCUCCCUUCCUAUAACUCACACUGGACUUGAAGACAAGGGUGCCUCUGCUCAAAGGUCGUCAUAA